AUGUUACACCUACUACCUCUGGUUAGUUCUUAUCGAUAUGAAGGAGAUGAGGUCAACAUGACUCUUGCAAAAACUGAGGCAAAAUUACUGCACGAGAAGAUUUCAAAGAAGGCUUAUAAUGAUGACGACCUCAUUAGGAUUUUGGCCACAAGGAGCAAAGCCCAGAUUAAUGCUACUUUGAAUCACUACAAAAAUGAAUUUGGAAAAGAUAUCAACAAGGACCUGAAAGCUGAUCCCAAGGAUGAGUUCCUGGCUUUACUGAGAGCCACUGUCAAGUGCUUGAUCCGUCCUGAGAAGUACUUUGAGAAGAUUGUUCGUUUGGCUAUCAACAAGCGAGGGACAGAUGAAGGAGCCCUUACAAGAGUGGUGGCCACAAGGGCGGAGGUUGAUUUGAAAAUUAUAGCAGAUGAGUAUCAAAGGAGGAACAGUGUACCUCUUGAACGAGCCAUUGCCAAGGACACAACCGGUGACUAUGAAAAAAUGCUUUUGGCACUGUUAGGACAUGAUGAUGCUUGAUUUAUUCCUUU